AGACCUCCUCGGGAAUCCUACCCAAAAGACACGUCGCUGCCGUCUCUGCUGCCCCGACCCUAUCAACCGCCUCAGCCUCAGCCUCGCUCUCGCCCACGUCCUCGCCCACAGGCACCCUCAACAACGCCACCAACCCCAAAUACAUCAUGGCAAACGGCAGCAGCAAUGCUACCGUUGACUUCGCCUCGGCCAAUGGCCGACCAACCGCUACUUCAAACGCAAUCUUGGUCCUAGAACCCACCAACGGCAGCUUUGCGCUCAAGUCCCUGGAGCUGCCGGAGAACACUAGGGUCAAGAUCGGUCGACAAACCGGUGUCACAACUGCCCCCAACCCUUCGAACGGCUAUUUUGACUCCAAGGUCCUCAGUCGUGUCCAUGCUGAAGUUUGGUCAGAGAACAGCAAGGUCUAUAUUCGCGACCUCAAGUCAAGCAACGGCACCUUCUUGAACGGAAAGCGACUUUGCCCCGAAAACGUUGAAAGCGAGCCUUUUGUCUUAAAUCAAAACGACCACCUGGAAUUUGGCAUCGAUAUCAUGGAUGAGGACGGUUCCUACAUUGCUGCACGAGAAGGUCGCAUGCAAGAUCUAUGUCUCCCGCAUGUCAUACCCUACGCCGCGAGGAUCACCUCAAGAAUCCCAUGCCAAACUCAGGUCUAGCUCACCAUCAGAGUCAACAACCAGCUCCGCGAA